AUGAAGCCAGGACAGGAAAUCAAGUCUGGUACUGCUCGAGAUGCCGCUGAUAUGAUGCGUUUGGGCAAGAAACAGGAGUUCAGAAGAAAUUUCCAUGCAUUCUCAAUGCUCGGCUUGUCAAGUGUACUCAUGGGAACAUGGCAAGCUUUAAUAGGGUCUGCCAGCUUCAGUUUGGUCAACGGCGGUCUUGCUGGUUCAAUCUGGUCCUACAUCGCAACCUGGAUAUGCACAAUCACUGUCACUUUGUCGCUUGCUGAGAUGGCUAGUAUGGCGCCCACUUCUGGAGGACAAUAUCAUUGGACAAGCGAAUUUGCUCCAGCGAAAUAUCAAAAGUCCCUUAGCUACUUUGUUGGAUGGCUUUCUGCACUCGGUUGGCAGGCAUCAAUUGCGCUUACGUCUUUUGCUGCCGGCAACGUGAUACUCGAACUUGCCUCUAUCAUGCAUCCUACGUACACACCCGCACUCUGGCAUGGCACUCUCAUGACAAUACUGAUGGCCGUCCUGGCGGUUUUGGUCAACACCGUUGGCGCGAAACGUUUACCUCUGCUUGAGGCGACCAUCCUAUUCCUACACAUCUUCGGGUUUUUCGCUGUCCUUAUUCCUCUAUGGGUCAUUGCUCCCAAAGUCUCUGCCAAAGAAGCCAUCACCUCUUUUGCCAACACUGGUGGGUGGAGUAGUGUCGGAGCCGCUGUGGUGAUUGGGCAGCUGACUGCCGUUGGAUCGCUUGGAGGGUCUGAUGCUCCAGCUCAUCUUGCUGAAGAGGUAGCCAACGCUAGCUACGUCGUCCCUCGGGUCAUGCUUGCCACUGUCCUUCUCAAUGGUGCCAUGGGCCUCAUCUCCAUCAUUACCUUUGUCCUCUGCAUCACCGAUUACGACGCGAUGGUUGUAAACAACCCAUCGUUUUAUCCAUAUAUCUCGAUCUUUCAGAAGGCGAUCGGCUCCGACGUUGGUGCUACGCUCAUGACAACUCUGUUUAUUCUCUUGAAUUUCUGUGCAUGCUUAAGCGUCUUGGCCGCCGCUUCACGUCAAAUUUUCUCCUUCGCUCGCGACAAAGGGCUACCCUUCUCUGGAUGGUUCAGACAGAUUGUUACCAUCGGCACACCGAUUCCCCUCAACGCUAUCCUCUUCUCUCUGUCCAUCACGAUCGUCCUCGCGCUCGUCAAUCUCGGCUCUACCACAGCUUUCAACUCGAUCGUUGGCUUACUCGCCGGAUCUGGUGGCUUCUCAUAUUCGGUCAGUAUUGCAUGCGUGCUCUGGAGAAAGAUUCGCGGCAUGCCCUUGCCUCAAGGAAGGUUCUCUCUCGGUAUCUUUGGCAUACCCAUCAACGCCUUUGCUGUCUUGUACAUGAUUCAACAAGCCAUCAUCAGCUUCUUCCCCAUGUUUGCUAUCGUCACAGUCAAGACGAUGAACUAUGGUUGUGUCAUGUUCGGAGGCGUAGCUAUCAUAUCGGUUGUUUACUUUGUGGUUAGGGGAAGACAUGUGUACAAAGGUCCGGUUGUUGAUAUCCACCGCGACUAG